CAGCUUCAAUAUCGGCCCAAAUCCAAAAACCCCUCCAAAACCUCCACAUUAUUAUCCUCAAAGCUUUCUUCCAGUCCUCCAAUGGCGGAAUUUCCAUCUCCAUCAUCGUUUUCACUCGAUCUUACACUUGCUUAACACCCUUACUACUCCUCUUCUUCUAGCCUUUUAGCUUAUUCUUUAAUGGCUUUACUUUUUUCACCCGCACCAGACGUUUCCUCUUCCCGACCUCUAGUAGCCUUCAAACUCGGCUCAUUUCCCAGCCUACGGGGACUCUUCAACCGCAACUCUACUUUCCGCCACUUCCCUAAGCGAUAUGUUUCGAUUACUAAUGUUAUCUAUGCGGAAGAUGUUAUAGUUCCCGGUAUUGCCAAAUCGGCGAGGCGGAGAGAGCAGAUUGAGCUUGAGCGAGACUCUAUCUCGAUUCUCAAUGAGAGAAUUCGCCGCUUUCAUGGGAAGAGGGAGUCCUCGAGAACGGUUAUGGAUUCAGAGGAGGCAGACCGGUACAUUCAGAUGGUGAAGGAGCAGCAGCAAAGGGGUUUGCAGAAGUUGAAAGGGGAUAGGCAAAGGAAAGACAGCGAUGGUUUUAAUUAUAAGGUUGAUCCUUAUACGCUUCGUUCUGGGGAUUAUGUUGUGCAUAAGAAGGUUGGUAUUGGCCGAUUCGUUGGGAUUAAAUUUGAUGUUCAGAAAGGUUCUACGGAGCCUAUUGAGUAUGUGUUCAUUGAGUAUGCUGAUGGGAUGGCGAAGCUUCCUGUUAAGCAGGCGUCUCGAAUGCUGUAUCGCUAUAAUCUCCCAAAUGAAAACAAAAGACCUCGCACAUUGAGCAAACUAAAUGAUACUACCACAUGGGAAAAGAGAAAGACUAAGGGAAAGGUUGCGAUUCAGAAGAUGGUUGUUGACUUGAUGGAACUGUAUCUACACAGGUUGAAACAGAGAAGGUCUCCCUACCCGAAGUGUUCGGCUAUGGAGGAAUUUUCUGCUCAGUUUCCUUACGAGCCUACAGUGGACCAAAAGGAGGCUUUCAGAGAUGUGGAGAGAGAUUUGACACAGAGGGAAACUCCGAUGGACAGAUUGAUUUGUGGAGAUGUCGGCUUUGGUAAAACUGAGGUUGCACUGCGUGCAAUCUUCUGUGUAGUCUCGGCAGGAAAGCAGGCUAUGGUUCUAGCACCAACGAUAGUCCUUGCCAAACAACAUUUUGAAGUUAUCACACAAAGAUUUUCUUUGUUUCCUGAUGUCCAGAUUGGAUUGUUGAGCAGGUUCCAGACAAAAGCAGAGAAAGAGAAGCAUCUUGAAAUGAUCAAAGAAGGUCAAUUGAACAUUAUUGUUGGGACUCAUUCACUCCUUGGAGACCGUGUUGUAUAUAGCAAAUUAGGGCUUCUAGUUGUUGAUGAGGAACAGAGGUUUGGUGUCAAACAGAAGGAGAAAAUUGCAUCCUUUAAAACUUCAAUUGAUGUUCUCACUCUCUCUGCAACACCGAUACCUCGGACCCUGUAUUUAGCAUUGACUGGAUUUCGUGAUGCUAGCUUGAUUACAACUCCACCUCCAGAAAGAGUCCCAAUAAAAACCCAUCUCUCAUCAUUCAGUAAAGAAAAAGUGAAAUCAGCUAUUAGAUAUGAGCUGGAACGUGGAGGCCAAGUUUUUUAUGUUUUACCUCGAAUUAAAGGACUUGAAGAAGUGAAGGAAUUUCUUGAGGCGAGUUUUCCAGACAUUGAAAUAGCACUUGCUCAUGGAAAGCAAUACUCGAAGCAACUUGAAGAAACCAUGGAAAAUUUUGCACUUGGUGAUAUUAAGAUUCUUAUAUGCACAAAUAUUGUUGAAAGUGGUCUGGAUAUUCAAAAUGCAAACACCAUCAUUGUUCAGGAUGUUCAACAAUUUGGGUUAGCCCAAUUAUACCAGCUGCGUGGAAGAGUGGGUCGGGCUGACAAGGAAGCACAUGCAUACUUGUUUUACCCAGACAAGUCUCUGCUAUCUGAAGAAGCACUGGAAAGGCUUGCUGCCCUUGAAGAGUGCCGUGAACUUGGGCAAGGUUUCCAACUUGCCGAGAGAGACAUGGGCAUACGAGGAUUUGGUACCAUCUUUGGCGAGCAACAAACUGGUGAUGUUGGAAAUGUGGGCAUUGAUCUCUUCUUUGAAAUGCUUUUUGAGAGCUUGUCCAAGGUUGACGAACACAGGGUAGUCUCUGUCCCAUACCAGUCAGUGAAGAUUGAUAUCGAUAUUAAUCCUCAUUUGCCUUCUGAGUACAUUAAUUAUUUGGAGAAUCCCAUGAAAAUACUUAAUGGAGCUGAGAGCGCUGCUGAGACAGACAUUUGGACUUUAAUGCAAUUUACUGAGAAUUUACGUCGUCAACAUGGAAAAGAGCCGUAUUCCAUGGAGAUUCUUCUGAAGAAGCUUUAUGUGAGGAGAAUGGCAGCGGAUCUAGGAAUUUCUCGGAUAUAUGCUUCUGGAAAGGCUGUUUGCAUGGAAACUAACAUGAAUAAGAAAGUUUUCAAGUUGAUAUCAGAUUCGAUGACGUCAGAGGUGCAUCGGAAUUGUCUGUCUUUUGAGGAACAUCAGAUUAAGGCUGGUCUUCUCUUAGAGCUACCCAGAGAACAACUGCUAAAUUGGAUCUUUGAGUGCUUGGUGGAACUUCAUGCUUCCCUCCCAGCCCUAAUCAAAUACUAGCUCAUUUUACAAAAGGUUUUACAAUGGUUUUCUUAACCACAAGGUUGCUACAUCCAUAUAACAUCUAUUUAUCAGGCUUGUUAUUUUAAAAGCCCGAAAUAUAGACUUGGCCUCCACGGUCUCUGAUCAAGAAGCUUUUGACAUGGAAAAUCUCAAAUCACUGUGCAUCAAUCAUGUCACGUAUACAAUACGAAGCAAAAGUAUAUCACAUUUUGUUAGUAAAUUGGAACAAGCUGAUGGAAACCACUCUAGAGAAUUGUUUCA